CAGAGGGUCCGAAGUUCUACCUUCUCAUCAUCAUGUCGGGUGUGACCAAAGACUUGCAGGAACAUGUUGAGGAUGUCGAGAAGGACUCCUACCGCACUGGUUCUCCUACCUCUGGCAUACCGCCAGCCGGAAUUGAUGCCGAAGUUGCCAACUUUUUCGCCUCGCAAGACACCCCGGUAGUCAUCGACGAAGCAACAAACAGACGUCUCAGAUGGCUGAUUCACAAGCGCGUCUUGCUUGUCAUGGUUGUCACUUACUUCGCACAAACCUUGGAUAAAGGAACAAUCAACUUCGCUUCGAUCAUGGGCAUUCGGACAGAUACCCACCUUCACGGCCAACAGUAUGCCUGGUUAACUACAUGUGUUUAUAUCGCGAUACUUGCUUGGGAAUUUCCAACCAAUCGACUCAUCCAGCGACUCCCCAUCGCGAAAUAUCUUUCGUUCAAUAUCAUGGCCUGGGGUGCUGUUCUGGCCUGCACGGCGGCUUGCAACAACUUUGUCGGAUUAGUUAUCGUACGAACCCUCUUGGGUAUAUUUGAAUGUGUCUGUCAGCCCGCCUUUGUUUUCCUGUCUACGAUGUGGUAUACUCGAGAAGAGCAAGCCUUGGUCAUCGGGUCUUUUUACUCCAUGAAUGGCUUCCAACAAUGCGUCGGCGGUCUCAUUGCCUAUGGAAUCGCCCAGAUCACAGACGCCAAGAUUAAGAACUGGCAAAUACUAUUUACCCUACUCGGCUGUACCACGUUCGUAUGGGGUAUCUUCGUCGGAUUCUGGCUCCCAGAUAGUCCAAUGCGGGCCAAGUGCUUUACCCCCGCAGAUCGCAUUCUUAUUGCAGAACGCGUCAGGAAAAAUGAUACCGGAUUGCAAAACAAGGAAUUCAAGAAACACCAAGCGAUCGAAGGCCUCUUAGAUCCAACCAUAUGGGCAAUUACCCUGAUCUCCUUUACAAAUGCUCUCCCUACUGGCGGUAUCGGCGCCUUCUCAAACAUCAUUUUGACAGCAUUUGGGUUCACAGUUCUGCAGACCUACUUGCUCGCCAUUGCGCAGGGUGCCAUCAUCAUGUCCUUCUUAUUCAGCGCGGCAUAUCUUUCGAAAAAAUAUAACCAAAAGCUUCUGCUAGCUUUCCUAUAUACUCUUCCCAACGUUGCUGGCACGAUUGUAUUCAUUUGUGUAGAAACAUCUGCAAAGACCAAAGUCGGGCUUCUGAUUGCCUUUUAUUGCACACAAGGUUUCGGCGCCGUUGCAGUCUUAAACCUAGCAGUAAUGUCCGGAAAUGUCGGCGGACGCUCCAAGCAAGUGAUCGCGUCGACGUUAGUGUUUGUUGCAUGGGCAGUUGGAAACGCCGUGGGACCACAAGUUUUUCGUUCCGAUGAUGGUCCUCGCUACGUGAAAGCAUGGAUCUCCCAUAUGGUCAUGUACGGACUCCAGAUCGCAACCAUCUUCUUUCUCAGAGUUCGGCUUAUGCGCUUGAAUGUCUUGAAACGCCGAGCGCAAUCACUGAAAGAGACUCAAGCUAGCGGUGAAGAUUCGGAUGAGCAUCUUGCUCACCGACAGGCCUUUGACGACCUCACUGACCAAGAGAAUCCCGAUUUCCGUUACGUCUACUAAUGCUUCUUCAUGACACUGGGUCAGUGGACGACUGUUAAAUGUCCGUAAUGAUAUCUGUGUUGUAUACAGUAUUCUCAGGG